AUGACACAGAAAAAAUCUUGUCAUUAUUUUGAAUCGUUUAGCAGAAGUAAAAGCAGUAAGAGAGCGGAUCCUCAAGUAAUCUAUCUUGUGGAAUUAAGACACGAGAUGAGACCGGUGAACAUCAUAGAACGACAUCAUCACAUGCCUCGAUACAAAUUUUCAGCAGACGUGCAGUGCGAUGAGAAAUUUGUUUGUUCUCUUUACAUCAUCGCCGUGUUGUUUGUUGUCAUGAAAGAUGUCGAGGAAAAAUUUCGUAUCGAAGAAAUUUAUUUUUAUGAAUCAUUUAAUGUGCUUUCUGCACCAAGGGGGAAAAUGGAAAAAGAAAAAGUGAUGAGAAAGUUUCGACUGUGCGCUGAUGACACCCAAGAUGAAGAAUUUUAUUGA